CCGCCCUGCUCGCCGGCCCCUCUACCUCGGGGCAGACGGACUGACGGCCAGCACCGCCGGCUCCGGGAUGGGCACGCUGACGGUAUUCUGAAGUCUCAGGAAGCUGGUGCGGUUAAAUGUGCAUGGCCCAUGAGAAAGGCGUAUAGGAAACCAUGGCACUCCCCUUUCAAAAAGACCUGGAGAAAUACAAGAACAUUGAUGAAGAUGAGCUUCUUGGCAAACUCUCAGAAGACGAACUGAAACAGUUGGAAAAUGUUCUUGAUGACCUAGAUCCCGAGAGCGCACUGCUGCCAGCUGGAUUUCGACAGAAAGACCAGACACAGAAAGCAGCCACCGGCCCGUUUGACCGCGAGCACCUCCUCAUGUACCUGGAGAAGGAGGCUUUAGAACAGAAAGACAGGGAAGACUUUGUGCCCUUCACUGGAGAAAAGAAAGGGAGAGUCUUUAUCCCCAAAGAAAAGCCCAUAGAAACUCGUAAAGAAGAAAAAGUGACCCUUGACCCAGAACUGGAAGAAGCUUUGACCAGCGCCUCCGACAAUGAACUCUACGAUCUUGCAGCUGUUCUUGGAGUACACAAUUUGCUCAACAAUCCCAAGUUUGAUGAAGAAACAGCCAGCACGAAAGGCGGCAAAGGGCCUGUGAGAAAUGUGGUCAAAGGUGAAAAGGUCAAGCCAGUAUUUGAGGAACCACCCAAUCCCACAAAUGUGGAAGUAAGUCUGCAGCAGAUGAAAGCCAAUGACCCCAGCCUGCAAGAAGUCAACCUCAACAACAUUAAGAACAUUCCAAUUCCAACCCUGAAGGAAUUUGCAAAGGCUCUGGAGACCAAUACUCACGUGAAAAAGUUCAGCCUGGCCGCAACCCGCAGCAAUGACCCUGUGGCGAUUGCUUUUGCAGAUAUGCUAAAAGUAAACAAGACCUUGAAAAGUCUAAACAUAGAAUCCAAUUUUAUCACUGGUACUGGGAUCCUGGCCCUUGUAGAGGCACUCAAAGAAAAUAACACCUUGACAGAGAUCAAGAUCGACAACCAGUUCGUAAAAAGCGAGUUGAAGGAGACCGAAGAUAAACUUCCACAAGAAGAGGAAGUUUCACCAUGGUGGCAAUUUCAAAACAAAAGCUCUUCUCCUUCUCCAUUGGGACCAUUUUAUCAAAGGUUGUUCAUUUCCGUUAACCACACAACUAAUAAUUUAAUUGUUAUUCUUUUUUAGCACUACGUAUUUGUCUUGGAUUUUUAAACGUAUACAAUUGUUUUAUUUGCUCGUGGGCACCUCUGGCAACUUGCACCAAUGGACUUAUGCAGAUCUUAGUGGGUGACAACAAUUGAAAAUGGUUUAGUGACUUUCAUAUUAGGUGGUCUUGCUUUCUUACAUGAACUUUUUUUUUUAACCAUUGAAAGGAACUUAGUAUAUAAAUGUGUUUGUAACUGUGAUUAAGAUAGAGGCCUAUCUCUGUUUACAUGCAUAGCUUUGAGUUAGGCUAAAUACGUCAGAAGUGUUCUGCUGACCACAUAAGAAGUUAGUAUUGCCAAUCUUUCACUGGGUGAAAAAAUGUGACCAACUUAACACAAAUUCUCCCUUAGUUCCAGAAAAAUCACUAAAUGCACAUGCCCUACUGGUUGAAGAUCAGUGGUGUCAUCUUCAUAAAAAGAAGACAGCAUUAUGAUACAUAAGCAUAGCUUUAGCAAAUAGGUAUGAAAUAUUCUUUCACCCACAAAAAUAGCUUCAAACCAGACUCACAAGUAGCAAAAUGAAUUAGCAUGCCUACUUUUACUGAUUAUUCCACGUAAAUUCGAUCUUUAACAUCACUCUAUGGAUAACUUUUUACAAAGAUGUUUUAAA